AUGGCGAGUGUCUACAACAUCCUCGCCAUGACGGAUUCCGAUCCUACUGGCGACGUCCCUUGUGAUGGCAAUGGCAACCCUGAGGGAACAGCGCCUGGUACCUCAAGCUCUUCCGAGCCCAAGAAGCUCCUGCUCAAAUUCCCCCUGGUGGCUUGUCUCAUGGCGCUUGCGGCAGUGUACCUGAUGGUUCAGGAUGCCAGCCACCAAGGCUUUGCCCGCGACUUUGAGAACGUUGCUACCAAUAUCCAAGACGCCUUCUUCUACGAGAAACAUCUCAAGUCGCACGCCCUUCAGAAUGCAGCGGCGACUGCCUUGUCUCUGCUUUUGGCCCAGCCUCGUGCCGUUGCCAAGUCCCCCAAGAAACUGAUCCGCGUCCUACAAGCUCUCGAGGAAGAAGACCACCAGACCUUUCAAGAUCGCAUCGCCGCCAUGCAGCUGUCUGCCCGCAUUGAUCGGUUGACCUUGCACCCCCUUGCUACUGACGACGAGGAGGAGGCCCCACCGCUGGAACACACCUGUCCCCAAGGCCAUCGGAAGAUCCGAGAACAUGCCAUUCGAGUCCUUCAAAAAAGUGGAGUUCCCGUUACGACAGAGACGUGGGUGCGUCCCGGAGAGACCGGCCUCGAUCUCAAGAGUACCGUCUUGUUUCCUAUUGCCACGCCCGCACCAGAAGAUCAUGUCCUCGGGGCAGUCGCUGCCGACAUUGUGUGGGCUGACUUUUUCCAUCCAGCCACAUUCCAGUCUGAAGCCUACGAAGGCAUGAUCCUGGCUUUUGAGAACACGCUCGGACAAGCGUUCAGUUUUCGUGUCGAGGGAGGCCGCUUGGUCUACUUGGGCAAGAGACUCCAACUCGACAAGUAUUUGAAGGACAUGGUGGUCGUGUCGAAUUUCACGGACUUUGUCCGACCUGGUGGUAACAGCAACACUACACAAGAUUUCGGAUACUGCGGUUGUCAAUUCCGGCUUCGCGUCUAUCCCUCGGCUGAAAUGUACCAAGCCCAUGCAGCCUCGUGGCCUCGCAUGCUCAUCACGGGCACCAUCUUGACCCUUCUUACUCUAUUCCUGUCCUUUCUGGCUUAUGAUCUACAUGUUACGAUGCGGCAUAACACUGUCUCGCAAGAAUCCAAGCGAUUCUACACCAUUGUUGGAUCGCUCUUCCCCCGUGUCGUCCUGGACAGAGUGGUACAAGAGGCCGUGGGCGUGGACCAACAGGACGUCGUGGCAUCCAACUGGUCCCCCUCAGCCAAGGCAGCGCCCGCAGACAAAAGUGAAGUGGCAUUUUCCAAGAAGCACGCUUACCUUGCUGACUGUCAUGUUCCCGUUCAAGAAACAUCCCAAAUAAUUUCUGACAUCACGAAAACACAUCCCAUUUAUAACCCAUUCCCUCACACUACCAUCAGCUUCAUGGAUGUGGUAGGAUUCACAAGUUGGUGUUCGGAGCGUGACCCUGAACAGGUUUUCAAGCUUCUCGAGACUGCUUAUCAAGCGUUUGAUGAGAUUGCCAAUCGAUUGAAUGUCUUCAAAAUUGAAACAGUGGGUGACUGCUACGUUGCAGUGACCGGUGUUCCAGAAUUCCAGCAAGAACAUUGUUUGAUCAUGGUCCGCUUUGUCUAUGAAGCAAUGGUGACCUUUAUCCGUUUGGUCAAGGCUCUAGAGGUAUCUCUCGGCCCUGGAACCGCAGACCUGUCUAUCCGAGCUGGUAUCCACUCUGGACCAGUGAUUGCCGGUGUUAUUCGACAAAAGGUUUUCCGGUUCCAAUUGGUUGGAGACACAAUGAAUGUGGCCAGCAGAAUGGAGACUACAGGAAUACCUGGCCGGAUCCAGUUGAGCCAGGACUCCGCAUCAUUGCUUAAAGUCGCUGGCAAAGGAAGCUGGCUUGUCCAAAGAGAUGAGGUCAUAUCUGUCAAGGGCAAAGGAGCUAUGACAACGUACUGGGUCAAGGUUUCUCCAGAUGAGGCAAGAUUGGUCAAUCCCCCCAGCGACAGGUCUACUACGCAAGCAGAUAUGGAUGGAAGCUUCCGGGUACAAGACUAUGAAUCGAAGGGGGUAAAUCACGAGCGUCUCAUUGACUGGAACACUGAAGUGUUACUUGAUUUGUUACGAAAGGUCGUGGCUCGACGCAGAGCAAUCGACCGACGCCAUGGGAAGAACCUUGCUCAAGAUUAUUCCAGAGACACGAGCAAGGUUGAGUACAAAAAGUACGUUGCCCAUCGCUCCCUUGUAAACCACGUCGCAGAAUCCAUUCCGUUUGCUUCCUAUGAAGAGGGUCUGGAACAAGAAGACCCCAGCAAGGUCAUCCUAGGUCGAAAGGUUGUAGCCCAAGUGCGGGAGUACGUGGAGGAGUGUGCCUCCCUUUACAACGACGUGGCAUUCCACAACUAUGAGCAUGCCUCUCAUGUUGUCUUGUCGGCCAACAAUCUUCUUGGUCAAAUCAUCACCCCCGAUCAAGGUGGUUUCCAGAAGCUGGAAACGAAUGCAAAUGGAGGUUCCAAGAUAUCGCGCGAGUUCCAUGACAGAACUUAUGGAAUUUCCUGCGAUCCUCUCAUGCACUUCGCAGCUGUCCAGGCAGCAAUGAUCCACGACGUCGCGCACUUGGGUGUCACGAAUAAACAGCUCAUGAAGAUCAACAAGGAAAUGGCUGCCCGUUACGAUGGAAAAAGCAUUGCCGAGCAGCACUCGCUGGUCCUUUCCAUGCAUGUUUUUGCUAACGACAAGUACAAGGACCUUCGAGAAAUGCUCUUGGCGAAUGACCCAGAAGAAACAAAAAGGUACUACAAGUUCAUGAUCUCGUCGGUGCUAGCCACUGAUAUCGCGGACCAAGAAUUGAAGGGUAUCCGACAAAUGCGUUGGGACGAUGCCUUUGAAGACGAAAAGACAUCAAAGCAAGCCAGGGACCGUCUCCAAAUCGACGAAUUCUACUUGGGCGAGCUGAACCGCAUCGAAUGGCAUUUCCGCGUCGCAGCAUUCGUUUGUGCCAUUCUAUGGUUUGUCCUUGUUAACGUGGCAUACCAUUUGACCCCCGAUGACCAGAUCGUUGUGUUGGAAGGCUGGGAGCGCAAAGCUGAGAUCGUCGCCUUUUGUUUCAUCGCAGUCUCCUACAUGUACAACGCUGUACCAUAUCUGGUCAAGGUCUUUGACCCACAUGCAGAGCCAAUGACUGGUGCUGUUGUUGGUGUGGUCGCCAUCAAAACUUUUGCACUUGUCACAAACGGAGUCAUGGCAUUCGGCUGCAAGGUUCCAGUCCUGAUAGAUCCUGUGUUGGGGACUAGGGUACACUUACUUCGCAUGUGCGAGUGGGGUCCCAUGGCCUUUUUGAUCUACUUCGUAUCAGACGGUGUUGAUGUGCCGAACAAAGAGCUUGGUUUGAAGUCCAAGUACUUCUUUGCGCUUUGCCAAGGAGUAUCCACCUCCAUUGGAUACCUUUUCCCCUUUGCUCCCAAUGCCACUGUUUGGGGGUUCGAGCUUUUCUUUUCAGUGGCGCUGUAUCUGACGAUCUAUCCUCACCUCCAAUACAAGCGCAGAGCAUUCAGCAAAUUGGAAAGAGGCGUUAGUGCGGAUGAUCAAGAAAUCUAUGACCGGUCUCAAGAGUCUCUCAAGUUCCUGGAGACGCUUUGGGUCACCUGGUCGAGGGUUGUCUUCUUGUUUUUGCUUGAAGGCUUUGGUCCAAUGGUCUCGCCCAAGUUCAACUUUGCUCGCACCGAAGGCUUUGGCGUCGGAUGGAUGGCUUUCAUUGACUGCUAUCCGAAAAUGCAAUAUGUGGACCACAUCACGAAUCUGCACAAAAUAGUUUUUGACACAAGAGCAAGAUCAGCAAGGCAACAGAAGGAACAGAUUCGAUUGAAACAGUUAUCCAACAAGAAGGCAACGAUUCUGUUUGAAUACAUCAUCCAAGCGUCAGAUGUGGCACACUGCAUGCAACACUGGGGCAUUUAUAUGAAGUACAAUGGGCGCCUAUUCGAGGAACAAUACCGGGCGUAUCUGCAGGGCCACACAGAAGAUGAUCCUCGUCCAGGAUGGUACAAGGGAGAGAUUUGGUUUUUCGAAAAUUACAUCAUUCCGUUGGCACGCAAGCUUUGCGACUCUGGCUGUUUUGGGGUGGCCGGGUACGAGUACUUGCGAAGCGCAACUGCCAACUUACAUGAAUGGAAACUGAAGGGUGAAGAGGUCACUGCCAAGAUGAUUGAAAGAUGUGAGUCAAAGCUAGGCACCAACCGUACUUUUUGGGACAAGCAGUUUGACAACAAGAGAAAGGGCAUGAAGAAAUCGGGCAAUGAAACGUCCUUCACAGAUACCGAACCAGAAACGGAGAGUGACUCCCAAGAGGAGGAAGGACGAGAGAGCAUGUCGCCUCGUGUCCGCGUACCUCUUUUUGAUCUUCAUGGACAAGUCCGCAAAAAAGGGGGAGAGUGA